AUGGACCAAGGGGAAGACAAUAAUGAUGAAAUGUAUGAAGGUUUGGAACCUGAUUUUGAGGAUAUGAAUGACUGUUUGCAACGUGAUUUCGAUGAAAUGUAUGAUGAUUUUGAUGCAAUGAAUGACGCUAUGAACAAGGGAGGUGAAGAUGUUAUGGUUGAUUUGACUGAUGUAUUUAGCACCAGCAUGAUGUUUGAUACGCGAGAUGAUUUAUUAAAAUGGGCUAGAAAUCUUGGAAAGGAAAAUAGAGUUGUCGUUGUUAUUUUUAGAUCUGAAAAUGCGACAGUACGAUCAAGAACAAAGACAAAAUUAAUUCUUGGUUGUGAAAGAAGCGGUAAAUAUAGACCUUGGAAGAAUCCUAAACCGACGAGGAGUACUUGGAGUAGAAAAUGUGAAUGCCCUUUUAGAUUGAGAGGUACACCAUCAAAUGUUGGUGAUGAAUGGUAUCUGCAUGUAAUAUGCGGUGUCCAUAACCACGAAUUAGCCAAAAAACUGACUGGUCAUGCUUUCUUAGGCCGAUUGUCUCAAGAAGAGAAAAUUGUACUUGUUGAUAUGACGAAAAAUAUGAUCAAACCAAGAAACAUAUUGAUGACAAUAAAUGAUCAUAAUGUUACAAGUUUGACGACAAUAAAACAAGUUUACAAUGCACGUCAAGCAUAUCAUUCAUCACUUAGAGGUAAUAGAACAGAAAUGCAACAUCUUUUGAUAUUGAUGGAACGCGACAAAUAUGUCUAUCGAUAUAGGAAGUUAGAGGGUUCAAAUGAGUUGAGGGAUAUCUUUUGGACUCACCCAGACUCUAUCAGUCUUGUAAAUAAUUUUCACAUAAUAUUGAUUUUGGAUAGCACAUACAAGACAUGUAGGUAUCAGAUGCUAUUACUUGAAAUUAUUGGUGUUACAUCUAUAGAAAUGACAUUUUGUGUGGGAUUUGCGUAUCUACAGUCUUAG